GCUUAUCCACCACGGUCGUCUGGGGUGGCGGCAGUCUGCGGUGGCAGCAGCUGGCUUCCCUGUCAGCCCGGCGUUGACAGACAUGGCGGAGGCGAUGGAUAUGGGCAAAGACCCCAACGGGCCUACCCAUUCCUCGACUCUGUUCGUCCGAGAGGACGGCAGCUCCAUGUCGUUCUACGUGCGGCCUAGCCCGGCCAAGCGCCGGUUGUCCACACUCAUCCUACACGGCGGCGGCACCCUGUGCCGAGUGCAGGAGCCCGGGGCCGUGCUGCUGGCCCAGCCCGGGGAAGCGUUGGCUGAGGCCUCGGGCGACUUCAUCUCCACGCAGUACAUCCUGGACUGCGUGGAGCGCAACGAGAGGCUGGGGCUGGAGUCCUAUCGGCUGGGCCUGGCCUCCGGAGCCGGCCAGGGCACAGACGCCAAGCCUGGGGCUUCGGCCCAGGGCGCGUCGGCGGAGCCCGAGCCGCAGCCUCUCACCGGCCGGAUCGCCUUCACGGACGCGGACGACGUGGCCAUCCUGACCUAUGUGAAGGAAAACGCCCGCUCCCCCAGCUCGGUGACCGGCAACGCGCUGUGGAAAGCGAUGGAGAAGAGCUCGCUCACGCAGCACUCGUGGCAGGCGCUCAAGGACCGCUACCUGAAGCACCUGCGGGGCCAGGAGCACAAGUACCUGCUGGGAGACGCCCCCGUGAGCCCCUCCUCACAGACGCUCAAGCGGAAGGCCGAGCAGGACCCGGAGGCCGCGGAUAGUGGGGAACCACAGAAUAAGAGAACUCCAGACUUGCCCGAAGGAGAGUAUGUGAAGAAAGAGAUAAAAGAGAAUGAAGAAACAGUCAAAACAAUGCUUAUGGAGACUACCCGGGAGUUUGAGGAGGUUGUGGUGGACGAGAGCUCUGAUUUUGAAAUACAUAUCACAAUGUGUGAUGAUGAUCCUUCCACACCUGAAGAAGACUCAGAGGUACAGCCUGAUGAGGAAGAGGAAGAAGAGAAAGUUUCUGCACCAGAAGUGGGAGCUGCCAUUAAGAUCAUCCGGCAAUUAAUGGAAAAGUUUAACUUAGAUCUGUCAACGGUUACACAGGCCUUUCUGAAAAAUAGUGGUGAGCUGGAAGCUACUUCCUCCUUUUUAGAGUCUGGUCGGAGAGCUGAUGGACGUCCUAUUUGGUCCCGACAAGAUGACCUAGAUUUGCAAAAAGAUGAUGAGGAUACCAGGAAAGCACUGGUUAAAAAAUUUGGUGCUCAAAAUGUAGCUCGGAGGAUUGAAUUCCGAAAGAAGUAACUGGCAAGAUAAUGAGAAAAGGAAAAAUGUGGCAGAUGAGACUGUUAAAGAAAAUUUUGAUCGUUGGAGUUAGAGUUCUUACAUUGGAACAGACACUUACCCUCUGACUGGUAUUGCCAUUGCUCUGUAAGCCGCAGAAUUUUUAACCAAGCAGAGCUGUGUAGGAAGAUUAAAAAAAAAAGAAAAAUCAAAAUUGAGUAUGUGUAUUUAGAAUUGUUCCUGGCAAAUAUCAGUGUCUAUGAAAGGAAAAUCUAAACCAUUGAGGUGUUGGUUUACAUGGUAAUGAUCUUUGGUAACAUGCUAGGGACAAAGUCAGAGGAGCAAAGUUAGGAGGCAUGUGUGAAGAGCCCCUCGUCUUUUGGCAGAUGCUCCUGUAGCUUGUGAAAUACUCCAAGUCAGUUGUGUAGAAGUGCGGAAAGAUUGAAUUACAAAGCCUUGAUUAUCCUCCCCCGCACCCCCCUGAGCUUUGGCUCAAAAUUCCUUGAGAAUUCCAUGUUUGCUUUGCUGUCCUUUUCUUCAGUCCCUUCCUAGUCAGGUCAUGUCUCAAGUAUGUUUCUUUACCUGUCACUCAAGUUUUGGUUAAAACUGACACAAAGUUCUAAAAAGUCUUCAGAACAAUUUUACUGUGUGAAUAGUAAUGUGUUUUUUGUUUGUUUGUUUAUUUUGUGCUAUAAGGACUGCAUUAGACUUAAAAAUUAGUGGGUCAGUUCCACUUGUUGUGUUUUUGUUAUUGAAAAUAAAUAUAACUUUGUAUUUGAA